AGACCACUUUGGGCCGACGUGAAAAUGUGGGGUGGUAUUGGGUUCGGUCUCCACUUCGAUUAGCAGUACGAUUGUUACUGGUUCUUGCUGGGCUACACUCCUCCUGGCCUCGCCUCCGAUUUCUCUGUACUUGUUCAGCUAUAGGUGGCGCACUUAGCGGACCCGUAACCACAAAGAGCUGUAACAUGAAGAUUGUUUAUCUUUUUCAUCACUGGCUUAGAAUUCAGCAUGGCAACUUUUGAAAACGUCCCAGUAGUUGAUGUGCAUAGCGAUAAUAUUUCAAUCAUUUGGCCAUCACUCUUAUUGGCAGUACGAUCUGCAAAUUUUCUAGCCAUUGACUUUGAGUUAAGUGGUCUUGGAAACCGUCGUAAUCUGGUAACUCGGUCUAUGGACGAUCGGUAUAAGUUCAUUAGUGAUGUUGCAAAGACACGGUCAAUUCUCGCAAUUGGUCUUGCAUGCUUCAAGGCAAAUGGCACUUCCUCCGACACACUUGGUUUACAGUUUCAAGUCCAGACAUUCAACAUCACAACCCUCUGCAAUGAAGAAUAUGUUGUGGAGCCAGAUGCUCUUCAGUUUCUUGUUAACCAUGGAUUUGAUUUUAAUAAGCAGUAUUCAAAGGGAAUGAAUUACUCAAGAGGCGCAGACACGAUUAAAGAGCGAUCUUUGGACAAGAGCAAUUCAAAUAGACAUAUGGCAGAAGGGAAGCACAGAGCAGGAUUUGAUGCUUUUAUGACCGGGUUUUCGUUUGCAACUUUUAUAGGAAAAUAUGGAGUCUGGAAAGAAACUGAGGUAAUGAAUAAUCAAAUGAGUUUAGGGUCGCGCUUCCAAGUGGAAGACCUUACAAAUCGAUUGUACUUAAGUGGUAAAUCUGUGCCGUUGUUGGUAGAAAAAAGUCAUUUUUCUAAAACAUCUAGCCAUCACAGAGAGAAGUUUCAGAAGAUUUGUCCUCCGACAUUCAAGCAUGUAACGCAAGUAGUUCUGGAAUCUGUGGGAUUAAGUUGAUUGCUGUUGUGAUACGGUAAAGUUGGGCAUUACGACAAAUACUGUAGAAUUCAGUGGUGGUAAUAUGGAACACAAUACAAAUUGCAUUAUUUAUCAGUAUUUAUUAUAGACUUGGAUAAGAAAAUAGACCCAUUUAUAUUUACAUGAAUGUACUUGUAUAUCAGUGCAGGCAGCAUGAACAUUUUUAUUAUUCGCUUUAUACCAGAAUUGCUUAGGGCUAUUGGAUGCACUGUAUGAAUUUGAUGUUGCUGGCAAAAUUUUUUCUUAUUGUUUUAUAUCAUGUUGCUGUUUAAUUUUUUUAUUCCUCUUAAAAUAAAGCAAAUGCUCACUGUUUUUACUGUUUUAUGUGUUUAUUAGGAUGUUAGAAUAUUUGGCUAUACAAAGACUAUAAAAUUCCAGUAACAGAACAAUUGCAUUUUCUAAUAAUAAUUGCCUUCUUUUAGUUACAUAUUUUGCCAGUUCAAACUGACUAUGCAUAUUACAGUAGGACGGGAAACCAGGUACAGAUUUAGGGAGAGGGACAGUUCUCCUGGUUUUGCCACGGCUGUCUUUUUAUGUACAAAAAUAAAUACAAAAUAUCA